AAAAUCAGAACUCACCUUUUGCAAGGAAAACAUGGGCAUCUGAACUUUCGUCUUCGUCCAUUUCUCAGUGGUCACUCAGCCACUGUGCUUUCUUCUCAUUGUCGCUCUCUCUCGAUCACUUCCCAAUGCUCUCUCUCCACUUUCUCCCCGGCGCCACCAACGCCACCAAACCUCCAUUUUUUCCGGCAACCCUUCAAACCCCACUCACAUUCCCCCUUCCCAAAACCCUAACCCUAACUCCCAAACCGAAACCUCCAAUAUCCUCUCUGCUCCAAUGGAACCGCAAACCCCAGCUCGCCGGUGACACCCCGCGCGUCACCGUCAUAACUUCCGGCAAAGGUGGCGUCGGCAAAACCACCACCACCGCCAACAUCGGCCUCUCCCUCGCUCGCCUCGGCUUCUCCGUCGUGGCCAUCGACGCCGACGUCGGCCUCCGUAACCUCGACCUCCUCCUCGGCCUCGAGAACCGCGUCAAUUACACCGUCGUUGAAGUCCUCAACGGCGAUUGCCGGUUAGAUCAAGCCCUCGUUCGCGACAAACGCUGGUCCAACUUCGAACUCCUAUGCAUCUCAAAACCGCGUUCGAAACUCCCCUUAGGGUUCGGAGGCAAAGCCCUAACGUGGCUCGUCGACGCGCUCAAAGCGCGUCAAGAAGGCUCCCCUGACUUCAUCCUCAUCGAUUGCCCCGCCGGAAUAGACGCCGGAUUCAUAACCGCCAUAACGCCGGCGAACGAGGCGGUGCUAAUCACAACACCGGACAUAACAUCGCUAAGAGACGCUGAUAGGGUCACGGGAUUGCUUGAAUGUGAUGGAAUUAGGGAUAUAAAAAUGAUAGUGAAUAGGGUUCGAACGGAUAUGAUAAAAGGAGAAGAUAUGAUGUCGGUGUUGGAUGUGCAAGAAAUGUUAGGGUUACCUUUGCUUGGGGUAAUUCCUGAGGAUUGUGAAGUAAUUAGGAGUACCAAUAGAGGGUACCCUCUUGUGCUUAAUAAGCCUCCAACUUUGGCUGGGUUAGCUUUUGAACAAGCCGCGUGGAGGCUCGUGGAGCAAGAUAGCAUGCAGGCUGUGGUGGUUGAGGAGGAACCCAAACGUGGGUUUUUUUCAUUUUUUGGUGGUUAGGGUUUGAAGAAUUUUAGAAAAAGGGAAUAUUUUUUUUUGUGGGGAUUUGGGUUUUUGCAAGUGUGUACAGUUGGGGUUGGCGAAGGUUUGUAUUUGUUGAAUUUAGUGAAUUUGUUGUGGUAGUGUCUAUAAUAGCAAUUGAGGUUUAUUUUUAUUGCCACAUUGGCUUAGUGUUCUGUUGUUGAUGGAUGGUUUAGUGAGAGUUCUAACUAAGUUUUUAAAGCUUGCUGUGAUUAUUUUUUGAGAAGUGAUGGGAUUUUGAAUUGUUUUUGCUCUGCUGCAAUGAACGUUUUUCCUUUGUUUAUGAGUGGUGUUACAGUAUACUUCUGUAUUCCAUGAGUGUAGAACUUUUUUGGUCUUGGGUUUAUGGGCAUUUUUGUGAUGUUUAUAGUCUUGCAAGUGUCUAGGUGGAAGUUGUGUAUAGUUGGGGUAUCUUGAUGAAUUGAGUAGUGAAUUUGUUGUGUUAGUGUCAGGAUUAUUAGUGUUUAUAUCAACAAUUUAAGUUUCACAUUUUUGUUGGCAUAGUGUUAUGGUGUUGAUGGUUUGAUGAUAGAAUUCUAACUAAUUUGUAAAGCUUGCUGUGUUAUUUGAAAGUGUAGAGAUGUUGAUGCCCUGCUGCUAUGAACAAUUUUCCUUUUUUGAUGAGUGAAGUUACACUGUAGUACUCCUUGAAUGACAGUGAACUUUGGAAUUUGUUUUUAGAGAUUGCUGUUUGCACUUGAUGUUGCCUUCGGUGGUUGUUCUUAUAUUUUAUUUCUUUGAAUGAUGAGCUUCCAUUGGGUUAACGGUGUAGUUAUGAAUGGCUGGAUGAAGUUACUUGUGUCUAAAGUUGUUGGAAUGUUUUUCAGCUGCAAUUGUUUGUUCUAGAUGGAUGAGUAAGCUUCAUGAGGUGUACUUCUUGAUACUGGCAACUUGACAAGGCCAGUUCCUGCCAAAUCUACCUUGCCACCAGGUUGUAUAACCUGCCACAGGGAUUGCUGAAGCUCAAGUCACAAGGGAAGUAGGGUGGUGGAUUCAUUUACGCUUAUGUUAAUUUCAAUUUUUAUGGUUGAUUUUAAAUAUUUAAUAGUAAUAAAGGGUUAAGUAUUU